AUGUCCAUUAGGGGAUUUGACAGCUUUAUGAAGCUUGUGAUAAAUGAAUGCAUCAAGAUGGCAGGUAUUCUUGAAGAUCAUCAGCAGCAUACUGAAACUAACAGAAUCAAUGGGAGAGGAAGAGCGAUGGACAGGACUGAUGACAGAACAAAAAGGAAGUUUCAAAGCCUCAGGAAUGACGGGUACUUAGAGCGAGUGACAAGCGGAGGAGGAGGCCCGACCCUCUGGGACGUCCUGAAACACGCCAGGAAUGCGAAAGAAACGCCAGGCAUCCCGGGCGGGCGGCAGCCGGCCAGAGCGCCCAGCAGGUUACGACGGUCCUGGAAGCAGGCAUGCGGCUGGCCCCGGGGGGGGGGGGGGGGGACGACGCUCAAGGGGCUGCUGACUGAGCGAGGGAAACUGACGGUUGGGAGCGCCCGAAAGUUCGGGUGGGUGUCCCGCAACACAGCCCAGCCCAGAGGCCGCAGCGAGGCACCGGGGCAAGCCGGAGGAGCGCCUGGGGGCGGGGCCAGAGCCCCACCCCGCCUCCAGCGCCCUCACGAGCCCUCAGUACGCCUGCGUAAGGCGAGGCCGCACUCUAUUUGGCUGCUAGGCGCGCGGCGGCAGCGGCGUUCUCUACCCGGCAUGCUGCGCGGGAGCGACGGCCCUACGUCUCUCCCCUUCCCAACCCAGCCCCCUCCCCCCUCCCGCCGCGGCCCCCCCUUUCCCUAA